GGUGGGCGCUGCGAGCGGGUCCACCAGUCGGCCCCACACUCUACUCACUUCUUGCGGUGUCUGUGUGUGCAUCAGCUGGAGGAGCGACGCCGCCGGCCGGGAACGAGUGGACAUUUGUGCACCGUCAAAAGUCCAUGUUGCUUCUUCUUGGCUCGAGUGCGGCGCAAGAAAGAUGACGAUGAGGUGUACCUCAGGGCUGGAGCGUUUUUUGUGCUACCUUCUCGUUUUUGCAAGCCGGGCUGCAACGCAAUGGACAGAAGACAGUGUCUCCCUGCUGCAGCUGAUCGGGGACGCUCCUCCAAAUACGAUCACACGAGUUUACGGGCCUGACUCCGCUCCCGGCUACGUGGUGGGGUCGAUGACAAACACGGGCCAGUUGGCCCGCGCCUACCUGCCGAACCCAUUCUACCGGGACUUUUCCCUCAUCUUCAACUUGAAACCCACAUCUGACAGGGGUGGCGUGAUCUUCUCGGUCACAGACGCCACACAGCAGAUCAUGUAUGUGGGUGUCAAACUGUCACCCGUGCAGGGCGGAAACCAGAAUGUCAUAUUAUACUACACAGAGCCUGACUCAGAGACAUCAUACGAGGCCGCCAGGUUCCUCGUACCCUCUUUGAGGGACAUCUGGACCCGUUUUGCUAUCGCGGUAAAGGAUGACAAGGUCAUGUUCUACCUGAACUGUGACAUAGAUCCUCAAGUACUGCGCAUCGAAAGGUCCCCUGAUGAGAUGGAGUUAGAAGCUGGCGCGAGGGUCUUUGUUGGACAGGCUGGAGGCUCUGAUCCAGACAAGUUCUUGGGUGUAAUGAGCGAGCUGAGCGUGGUCGGAGACCCCCGUGCCGCUGAGAGGCACUGCGAAGAGGAUGACGAUGACUCGGACAUGGCUUCAGGAGAGGGAAGUGGCAAUGUGGAAACCAGACCAUCAAAACCAGCCGUAGCAAAACACACAUGGACGACGGCCCCACCAUCUUUGCGGCCCAUUCAGCAGCCCCCGGUUGCCAGGCAAGAGGAGACGUCGACUUUGAGACAUACAGGAUCAGUUGGGACCAAAGGAGAGAAAGGCGACCAAGGGGAGAAAGGGGACAGAGGUCUAACGGGGCCAAAAGGAGACACCAGUUACAGCACUGCAGUUAGCUCACAGGGAGGAGGUCGAGGAGGGAAGGGAGAACCCGGAGAAAAGGGUGCAAAGGGCAAUGCAGGUUUUGGCUACCAAGGAAAGAAGGGAGACCCUGGCACCACAGGCCCCCCAGGACCCCCAGGACCCCCUGGGCUGGCAUCAGAGGUCUCAGUGUGCAAAGAGGGUUCAGAUCCUUCCUGUGUACCUGGUGCUCGAGGACCACCUGGACCGGCAGGUGUCCCUGGUGCUCAGGGACCACCAGGAGAGGACGGAGAACCGGGUGAUCCUGGUGAAGAUGGAAAAAGGGGUGCUGAUGGACCCCCGGGUUUCCCAGGAACCCCCGGCAAUCCUGGACUGAAAGGAGAGAAGGGAGAUCGUGGCGAUGGUCAGCCUGGCCCCAGUGGGCCACCAGGUCCUCCUGGACCCCCAGGACCAGGAAGCAGAUCUACUUUUGUGGACAUGGAGGGCUCAGGAUUCCCUGAUCUGGAAUCAGUUAGGGGACUGCCAGGGCCACCAGGACCACCAGGCCCCCCUGGUCUACCUGGUGUUCCUGGUCUUGCUACACCAAAUACAGCAUCGAGUUCUGGAGCAUUGGGACCACCGGGACACGAUGGGGCGCCUGGUCAACCUGGCUUGUCUGGUUUACCAGGUGUCGAUGGCCAUCCAGGACCCCCUGGCACUAAGGGAGAAAAGGGUGAUUCUGGUGUGCUUGGUCAUCCAGGACCAGGUGGAGAGAAGGGAGCUCAAGGAGAUGCUGGUUUACCUGGACCAACAGGGGAGCCUGGAUUGGCUGGUUUACCAGGACCAAUGGGACCAGCUGGGCCAUCAGGACCUCCCGGGCCUCCUGGACCAAGAUACCAUGUUGGAUUUGAUGACAUGGAGGGAUCUGGUGGGAUUUUCUCUAAUGGACCUCCUGGUGUCAGAGGACCUGAAGGAAGACAGGGUCCACCUGGCUUGCCUGGACUUCCAGGUAAACCAGGGUUGCCCGCCCUCGCAGGUCAGAAGGGCAGCACGGGUCCUGAAGGACGAGAUGGGCAACCAGGACUGGACGGCUUCCCUGGAGUUCAGGGAGCAAAAGGUGACAGAGGUGACCAAGGAGAAAGGGGGGAACCAGGCCGAGAUGCCUCUGGAGUCCCAGGACCACCAGGCCUACCUGGACCACCUGGACAAAUCGUCUACCAGCCAUCUGACAAUUUUGACGGUGCUGUUGGCAGUGUUGGUCCUCAGGGAGAACCUGGCAUGCCGGGUCGAGCUGGAUUCCCAGGGCCUAUGGGUCCAAAGGGUGACAGCGGAGAACCAGGACCUCCAGGUUAUGGCCUCAAGGGCGAGAAAGGCGAGCCAGGUCUAGUCAUUGGUCCUGAUGGGAGUCCACUCUUUUCAGCUGGUCUAACAGGUUUUAAGGGGAAUCGAGGACCUCCUGGACCUGUUGGACCACCUGGACAAUAUGGACCUCCUGGAAUUAAGGGUGAAAUUGGAAUGCCUGGAAGACCUGGUCGGCCCGGUGUAAAUGGAUACAAGGGGGAGAAAGGAGAGCCAGCCUCUGGCUAUGGAUACCCAGGAGUUCCAGGCCCACCAGGACCACCUGGACCACCAGGACCUGCGGGACCAGCCUUAGAUCGCUUCUAUCGCUAUGAUGGAACUUCCAGAAACUAUCCAGCAAUUAAAGGAGAAAAGGGAGACUAUGGCGAACGUGGCCUUCCAGGCGCCCCCGGAGUCUUCGAUUUUGAUAUUCAUACAUUAAAGAAUGACCUAAAAGGAGAGCAUGGAGACCCAGGAGUGAAGGGAGAAAAGGGUGAACCUGGUGGAUAUUAUGACCCUCGUUUUGGAGGACCUCUCGGCCCACAAGGGCCUCCUGGCAAGACAGGCUUAACAGGUCCAAAAGGAGAUUCUGUAAUGGGUCCCCCUGGACCUCAGGGACCACCUGGCAAACCGGGCAUUGGUUACGAUGGUCGCCCAGGUCCUCCUGGACCACCAGGACCCCCAGGACCGGCGACGUCACCCUCUCUGCCUGGGGCCUUUUGGCCCAGUCAAAGUGCCAAUGUACCGGGAGCACCUGGUCCUCCUGGGCCACCUGGAAGUCCUGGGCUCUCAUCUGGAGUUGCAGUUCUCAGGUCCUAUGACACAAUGCUUGCUACUGCCAGACGCCAUGCAGAAGGCAGCCUCAUUUACAUCAUCGACAAAGCCGACCUCUAUUUAAGAGUCCGCGAUGGACUGCGACAAGUAAUGCUCGGCGAGUACAGCCCCUUCUUCAGAGAUUUGGAAAACGAGCUGGCAGAGGUUCAACCUCCACCUGUGAUCUUGUACCCUCAGUCCCACGACCAGUCCCAAAACAAUGGAGCCGGCCACUACUCUCAGACUGUUUCAGGCAUUCGACCCAUCGAGCCGCCGCCACACCCACCUGUGGACCCCCGAUACCCUUCACAGUAUGAUCCCAGAUUCCCAGACCAGAGGCACUCGGGUCAGACGGAUGGCAGACUGGCGACAGAACAGGCUGAGAACAGAUAUCCUGUGACUCCCCAGCGAAGACCGAGCCCACCUGUACUGCAACCUGCAGUGCAUGGGGACAAUUCAGAAUCAGGGCUCCAUCUCAUCGCCCUCAAUGCCCCUCAAACUGGUAACAUGCGAGGAAUUCGGGGGGCAGACUUCUUGUGUUUCCAGCAGGCCCGUGCUGUGGGCCUGAAGGGCACCUUCAGAGCCUUCCUGUCCUCAAAGCUCCAAGACCUUUACACCAUUGUCCGCAGGUCGGACAGGGACACAUUGCCCAUUGUCAACCUCAAGGAUCAAGUGUUGUUUGACAGUUGGGAAUCAAUCUUUGAUGACAAUGCCAGCAGAAUGCGAAAUAGUGUACCAAUUUACUCAUUCGAUGGCAGGGAUAUUCUCAGGGACAGUGCAUGGCCACACAAAAUGGUCUGGCAUGGGUCGAGCAACAAAGGCCGCAGGCAAACAGACCACUACUGCGAAACAUGGCGGGCAGGCGAGCAGGCCGUGACGGGUCUGGCGUCAGCGAUACAGAGCGGCCACCUCCUGCAGCAACACUCCCGCAGUUGCUCCAACUCCCACAUUGUCCUGUGCAUCGAGAACGCCUUCACGUCACACUCCAAAAAAUAAAAAGGAUCCAUCCAUGUUUUUUUUUAAAUAAUUUUAAUUCUAACGAUUUUUGUUGUUGUUUUUUUAUCAACUUGGCGUCCAAUGAACUUGCCCAGUGUUUUUUUUUAAAUUUUGUUUUGAGGGGGCCUGACUGCGGGGCUUUGCGUCGCAUGCUUCCUCUCUCCAUGAACGCCAAAGAGAUUGGGGUUGGACGGAUGGUUCCUUUUCUCAUUUUUUCUUCUAAGUGUUGAACAAACAUAAAAAAAAGAAAAAUACAGUAAAUAUUUUCACAAAUUGUAUACAUUUGUUUGUGUUACUUGCAUUGUCAUUUUUGUUCGUGUUACCCAUUUUUACCUUUUCAAUUGUUCUUAUAGCCACCUUGUUAUUUUUUUUAAUGUAUUGAUCAUUUCCACAUUUGUUCCAAUUUUACUUUUUAGUUGUGGGUUACUUUUGGGCACAGCAAAGACUAUUUUAAAUUUAAAGAAGAUAUUUAUUUUUAAAUGAAGUUAUAUAAGGACAAACAGGUGAGUUAAAUGAAAAUACAGCUUGCCCAAAUACUCCCAAUUAUAUUAAGCACGUUUUUUUUUUUUUUAAAGGGCAAAAAAUUUCCAUCACUGUGCCUUGUUACAUAAUAAGACUUAAGCCUGCGUUUCUUUCAAUACACACACAUAUAGCACAGGACCACUUCCUUUAUAUUAAUUAUUAUAACGAUGGACUAUGCUGCUACAUGUGCUUUCCGAUGCAACGUUUGCUUUCAUUUUACGCUGCAUGUAUUUGAUGGACAUAAAUGACACCCAGGACCAUUUUUCUUCACUGAGAUUUGAUCACCAAAAUGAUGAUUUACUUAAAUGAGUGAGUACGGAAAGUGAUUGUUGCUAAUCUGUGUUGAGAGUCUUAUUUUUUUUUAAAGAGCAAUAUUUUGUUGUGACCCAACUUUAGUGCAACUGAUGUCUUGACUGCACCUGUUGUUUUCCUUCUUCAUUUUCAUCUUAACAACGCAUUGAGCUGUACUGCUCUUCAAAGCACUGAAUAAAUGUCUUUUCAAACGCCA